AUGAGUGGAAUGAAAAAUGUGCUCGCCGCCAUGCACGCCAAGUACGGGCCAGUCGUGCGUCUCUGGCUGAGCCCCGUGAGGCUGCUUAUAUCGGUGGAGGACCCGCAGCAGGUCCGCAACGUGCUCAUGCACGCGCGCGAGCGCUCCCCGUUGUACUGCCGCGUGAUUGAAGCGUGUAUCGGGAAGGACUCGGCUUGCUUUUCCACCUUCAUUCAGCCACGCGCGCGGCGGUCGUUUCUCGACUACCACUGCCACACGACGCUCAAGUUCCAGGUGCACGAGGUGGCGUGCCGCGUGGCUGACGUCACCGCGCGCGAGUGGGGCGCGCUCUCCGCGUCUGGCGGCGAGCUGGACGUCACGCAGGCGUGCAAGGACAUGGUCGUGGGCGUUCUAGGAGGCUCCCUAUUCGGGCCCGCGUUUCCCGACUCGGAUUUGAGGGACCGCGUGGCUGGGGACUUGGAGUUUUUCGCGCACUCGGUGCAGGAUUUCGCGAGCUUUAGUUACCUUCCGGUGUGGCUGCCCGCGUAUCGGAAGCUGAUGAGCGUAGCGGAGGACUAUAGAGGGGCGAUUCACCAGCUUGUAUCGGGUACGUUUGCCAAGGACGUGAAGCAGCAGAGGAGGGGCCAUGGUGAGGAGGGGUCGGGGGAAGGAGGAGCAGGAGAAGCUGGUGGGGGCAGCAGUGGUGGGGAGGGCAAGGACUCAAAGGGCCAAACUAAACAGGAGCAACAGCAGAAGAUGCAGCAACAGGAGAAGGAACAGGAGCAGCAGGAGCAGCAGCCGCAGCUGCUAAGGGAGAGUUUUCUCUCAGCAAUGCUAGCAGAGCGCUCCGCUUUAGGCCAACCCGUUUACACGCAGGAAGUCGCCCAAGCAGAAGCAGCCGCGCUUAUGUUCCACGGUUACCUCCUCGUGCCCGCGCUCUUAAAACGGGUACUUGUAUGCCUGUCACUACACCCAGAGGUGCAGGACCGAGUGUUCCGGGAGAUACGUGCUGUGUGCGGUAACGAGGCGCCUAAAGACGAGGAUCUGCUGCGUUUGGACUAUUUGAAUGCGGUGAUAUACGAGGCAGCGCGGUGCAUGCCGGUUGUGCCGAUGAUCACACGUGCCGCGGAGAACGAGGAUCUAUGGCUGUCGGGAGGCGGUAACGGUACCGAGGGAGGUAAUUACGGGGAUGGGGUGGGUGGUGGUGGUGUGAGCGACAGUGGCAGCAGCAGCAGUGCUUUCCACUUGGUACCGUCAGGGGCGAUUAUAGCCUUGCCCAUAUACCAGCUGCAGCUGAACCCAGCCCUGUGGGGCAGUGACGCAGCAGAAUUCAACCCCGAUAGGUUCAUUCACUUCCGCUGGCACGGCCCCCAGCAACAGCAGCAACAACACCACCACCACCCGCACCAUCACCAAUACGAGCCCCGCUCUCACUCCUUCGCCAAACGAGACACCCGCGUGGGCUUAGGGCUAGGCCCUAUGGGCCACCGGGAGGGACCGCAGAGGUUUCCAGGCGAGGGGACCGGGCGGGAACGCGAGGAGGGAGGGAGAAAGACGGGGGAAGCAGCGGGUGCGAGCGGUGUGAGAGGUGGGAGUCCGUGGAGUAGGGAGGGAAAGAUGGUACCGGGACAUGACUAUGAGUUUGUGGCGCCAGAGCCUGGGCCGCAGUUUCUCAUGUUUGGUGCGGGCGCUCGGUCGUGCGUGGGGCAGCGGCUGUCGCUGAAGAUCAUCCGCGCGGCAGUUGCUAUUCUGCUGCACCGAUUCGAGUUCUCCAUGUCGCCGGACAUGCCCAAGGAGUUUGACACACGUCUCGAGUUCAUGGUGCUGCACCUGCACCCUACGCCGCGCCUCAAGCUUGCCGUUCGCUCCUAG